CACCUCUUCUGCGGAGGUCCACUUUACUACGCUACAAUGGAGACAGCGAAAUUAUUAAUAUUACUAUGCUGCACAUCAUACAGCAUCGCGUCCCACUCGCAUAACAUCCCCGUGGAGGGGUACGAGACCAAGCUGCAGGACCUGGGCCAGCACGUGGAGAUCCCGGAGACGCCGGUGAAGAUCAUCAAGGUGACAAAGACCAUCGCCGUGAAGGUGCCCGUGCCGUACCCCGUGCGGGUGGUGCAGAAGGUGCCCUACCCGGUGCACGUGAACCGGCCCUACCCCGUGCCGGUGCCGCACAUCAUCCGCGUGCCUCACGACACUCCUGUAGGUGCUCACGACGGCGCGGCCGGCGCUCACGCCGCGGCAAUAGACCCUCACGCCUCGCUACAUGGCGUCGGCUACGGCGUGCAGGAGGACAAGUCCGCCGAGCAGCCCUCUCCGUACGGCCACGGCGCAGCGGCCCCCGCACCCUCGUACUACGACCACAGCUCCGAGUCCAAGAGCUACGACGACGCAGUGGGAGAAUACCUCAGGACGCACCAGCUAGGUAGCCACGGAGGUGAUCACCAGCACUACUUCCAUUGA